GGUUAUUUGCUCUACUAGUCACUGUUUGCACACCAGCUUUGAGGACAUAUUUAUAUGCAAUGCAUGUUUGAAGAUGGGAUAAAAAACAUGUUUGGUAUAAGCUACUGUAUAGUAUAGACAACCUGAUGUUGUUGUACAUAUAACUGACAAGUCCAGUCUAAAGGAUAUUCAAACGCAUAGUUUCCUACUGGCAUUUAGGGAAUAAAUAGUGAAAGCCAAAAAGCAACACAAUCAGGUGCUGAUAAACCAAUCCACAUCAUGACGUCAUCAGUCAACCUCAGUAACUCUGACCUCAUACAGGCUUCAAAAACAGUCCCAGCUUAUAAAGACCUCCAAAUGAAAUGUCUGAAAUGUUUGACACCAUCAGCAGAUGUGAAGACAUUGAGAUGCCUUCAUGGAAUAUGUGUUGAGUGUUUUAGUGGUUACUUGGAUGCUGCCGAUUACCAACAAAAUGGCAUCCAAUGUUUUACUAUGAGGUGUCCAAUCUGCGAUGAGCCUACAGUUGUUCAACCUGAGGGCAUCCUAGCUCUUAACACUGAUUUCUUCAACUUUGAUGAACUGAGUGAAAAGAUAGCUAAACGUAAUCCAAAGCCUGCUACUCCAGUCAAGGUGGAAAAGGAAGAGAAAGUAGAGAAAAAUUCGCAGAGUGAAAGUUCAGUUCUGCCAAACCCACUUGAUAGCAAACUAUUCUCAAUGGCCAGAAAGUCAUUAGCAGGCUCUCUUUUCACAGAAGCAACAAAACCAAAUGAUGAAGACGCAGACACAAGCAAAAAUCUGACACCUGCUGAAUCAACUGAGACAAUCAACAAGAACAAAGAAAACAUCAACAGUGAAAACAUUCAAAACAAUAAUAAUGAACACAUCAAACCAUCCUUGAAAAUACCUAAAUCCAAAACUGCAAAGAAAGUUGAAUUUUGUAGGAGACAUCCUAAGGGUAUCAUUACCCACUACUGUGCUGAUUGUAUAGUACCUGUAUGUGCUAUUUGUUGUAAGAAACACCAUGAUGAGCAUAAUAUCAAGAAUCUAGACACUGGUCUCAAACCACAAAGAGCAAAACUGGAGACAGUUCAAAAACUGAUGAACUCAAAGUUAGUUUCAAUUGGUCAUAGGGUCUCUGAGCUAGAGCACAUACAUACAAAUCUCUGUUACUCGUAUACAAGCACACGGGCUGCUAUUAAACAGAAAACUGCAGAUAUGAUCCGCAAGCUAAAAGAACAAGAAAAAAACGCUAUAGGUGAAUUAGAUAAUGAAUACAAGCCCAAGAUUCAAGUUGUCCAGGCUGAGCGUGACAACCUUGGCAUUCAUCGAACCAACAUGGAAGCACUGUAUAACUUCACAUCCGAUGUACUUAAGGGGUCCCCAAUAGAUAUGCUUUACGUCCAGAAAGUGCUGACGUCCAAGCUAGUGAAAUGCACAGAGCUGCAACCCCCAAUACUGUCAAAGAAAAUGCCAAUAGGUCCCAUUUAUCUACCAUACACAGAGGAAAUUAGCAUUGGAGAUGUAGAUAUCGCCAACCUUCCCAUGGUAUUUCACAUUGUUCCCCAAUCAUCACCACCUGAAGUAAGCAUCUCCCCAAUAGCAGUUGUAAGAUUGUUAUGCAAGCCACGUUCACCUGAAUUGUCCACAAGUUUAGAUAUGGAGCCACCCACAGAUAAACUCAAUAAUGGGCCUUAUGAUAUUGCAUUCACCUCCCUUGGUGGCAUUAUUAUUCCUAAUAGUGAAAAUAAUGGCCUGACUGUAUAUGGUAAUAAGGGAGACAUCUUAGGUCACCUGGCCAAAGAAAAAGUAAAACCACUGCGUCUCGCUACAACCCAGGAUGGCCAAAUUCUCGUUACAAAUACCGGCAAGAAAGAAACUAUCAACAUGUUUACAAAGAAUGGUAUGAAAAUCCGUCAGAUUGGAAAAGGUGAAUUCAAAGCACCAUGCGCAGUUGCUUCACUGGAAAAAGAUCGUAUCAUUUGCAGUGACUCUGAAAAAUGUUUUGUCAGCAUUCACAACCUCACUGGUGACCUCAUUAAAAAAUUUGGGACCCAAGGUUCUGGCCCUGGUCAAUUCAAUUACCCAGCAUACAUUGCAGUAGAUGAUAGAGCCAAUCACAUUCUCGUUUGUGAUAUGUAUAACCACUGCAUAAAGGUGUUCAGUCGUGAGGGAAAUUUCUUGUUCCAGAUCGCCUCUGAAGGGGAAAUGGAUGGACAGCUGAGAUGUCCACAUGCCAUAGCCUUAGAUAAGAAGAGCAAUGUCUACGUGGCUGAUUGUGACAACCAUAGAAUAAGCGUGUUCUCCCCCUAUGGUAGGUUUAUCCAGCAUGUCAUGACGUAUGAACAUGGACUUAGCUAUCCUUAUGCUGUGGGGGUAAGCCCUGACAAUUGCCUGGUUGUCAUAGGUGAGAACAAUUGCUGGCCAACAAUGUGGAUAUAUCAACUCAGCCACAUGGAAGAUGAGACCCAAUGUUAAGCAAUGUCAACUGACUUCAGUGUCAACUGUCUGUACA